AUGGGAAAAGAUAAAUUUGGAAUGGUCCUGAUUCCUAAUGAAGGUGCAGGUAAGGCGCUCUUUAUGGGGGCGGCGAUCCCAGGGGGCGCGGUGCUGGCCGGACAGCAGAAAGGUUUUUGCGAGAGACGCUGGGAGGGUCGAUGCAACUGGGAACGUCGGGUAGGCAGGAAGCGAGUGUUCCGGAUAUUGGAGAGUCACGGUGUCAUUGGGAGCGGCAAGAAAAUAACUCCUAAGGCAGGUAGAGUACUCGCUGGGGCUUUAGCCCCGCGUUUGCGGAUCAAAACGGCACUGGUGGCGAUCCGGACGUCGACGCCGCUGGCUAAGGCAGUACGCCGCAUAGGGAAAGGAGGCAUCGACGCGGGCUGGUUCUGUAUCUUAGGCAUCAUUCGGCCUUCCUGUCGAGUUGGUUCUGAGGAGCGGGACGCGUUUGGUUAUUGGCGACCCUUCCAUCUUUUGGAUAGCAUGUGUACAGGUGCCUAUUGGUGA